CAUUGGCUUAGCGCACUCAGCGUGGCGUUACCGAGACAACGAAACCCCAAACAACCGAUGGAGAACCGGCGACACUUCAAGUUAACCACUCGCCCAUAACAAAUGGAAACUAGCCUGAAGUAAAUUAAUCCCAAGUUGUUCGCACAUUGCAGCGUGGAGAGGAGUUCAGAAGAGAAGGCGGGAUCCUUUUGAAUCGUCGAAAAGCAAAACGCUCAUGAGUCGUCACUGGAUGGGCCGCCAGCAGCAGAGGCUCAUGUCUCAGCGCGAGAACCAGGAGCAGCUCAGGCUGCAGGAGGUCAAACGUGUGGACAAAGAGAGGCAGCUGAAGGACGGUCUGCGGGCCGAGGAGAGCUUCGAGAGGAGGAGAUACCAGCGGCAAAUGCAGGAGGAACUCCAGGAGAGUCAAAUGCAGAGCGCAAUGCUGACGGCGGAGGAGGAGAGAAUAAACCGAGAAAAGCAACUCGAGCAAGAGGAGAGACUGAACGAGCAACUGGCCCGCAUCAACUAUGAGACCCAAAGAGAGGAGAAAAUGAGACAGAUUGUUAAAAUUAACAGCGUGGAGCUUCGAGAACUUGAGUCAAAGCUGAAAUCUGCAUAUUUGAAUAAGGAAAGGGCUGCACAAAUGGCUGAGCAGGAAGUAAUGCGAUUGGAAACCAUGCGUGAGGAGGCAGACUUUGCCCGCAAGAUGAAGAGCGAAUAUGAGCGAGCAGACGUUGAGAAGCAGAAAGUGGAACAGAGACGACUCGAGGAGCUGGCGAGGUGUCAGAGAGAGCUGGAGCAGCAGCUCGUGGAGAGGGAGCGCCAGAGACAAGAGGCAUACGAGGAAUUUCUCAAAGAGAAGGUCAUGAUUGAUGAGAUUGUCAGGAAGAUUUACGAAGAAGAUCAGACGGAGAGACAGCUGAAAUUGGAGAAGGUCAGAGCCACUCAGCACCACAUUGAAGAGUUCAAGAAACAGCAGGCCAAGUGGAGGCUCAUGGAGCAAGAGAAGACUGAGGCCGAGAACCAACGCAUCAGGGAGUUCCUGAACCAUCGGGAGAACGUGGAGGAGAGCAGGAUGGCCAAGAUCAAAGAGAGAGAACGUGGAAAAGAGCAUCUUCAUAAAAUACUGUCUGAGAAGAUUGAAAAGGAGAGGCAGCAGCGGGAAGAGAUGGAGCGAGUUCGUGAGGAACUUUAUUUAGAAGAACAGGAAGAGGCUAACAGGCAAAGAGACAUUGAAGAGAUGGAGAAGAAAAUCCGUCUGAGGUUGACGAUGCAGCAGACCUGCCAGCAGCAGAUGGCUUUCAAAGAAAUGCGAAGGCGGACCGAGAAAGAGGAGGAGGAGGCCUUCCGGAAAAUAAUGAUGGCCAAGUUCUCAGAAGACGAUCGCUUGGAGCAGAUGAACGCCCAAAAACGGCGCAUGAAGCAACUAGAGCACAAACGCGAGGUGGAGAGACUGAUAGAGGACAGAAGACGGCAGCACGAAGCCGACAUGGAACUGGAGGCUAAAGAAAGAGCAAUCGAGCAGGAGAGGGAGGCGCUGCGUCGGCAGAUAAUUGAAGAGGAGAGGCGGCGACUUCUUAAGCGCCACGCUACAAAACUCCUUGGAUACCUACCAAAGGGCUUGCUCCGUGAAGAUGACCUGGAGCUCUUUGAUGAAGACUUCAGAAAAAACUUUAAAACACGGCAGGCAGAUAUCCUCUCUGAGGACGGCUGGGAUGGCGAUAAGUAAAUUGCAUUCUAUGCCACCAGGUGUCAGUUUGAGGCUUGAGUAAACUAUAAUUUUUAGUGAGCACAAAGUUAUUUUAUUUUAUAUUCAUGGUAAAACUUGUGAAGCAUUCAGUAAAAACUAAAUUAUUAAUUCACAUGU